AUGUUGGCGACUGCAAACCCAGCCGCGCCCCCAACUGGCUCGCCGCCGCCAGCCAACACCGCUGGCGUGGAACGCGCUGAAGGACCGAUCACCAUUGACCCCGCCCUUGAGGAAGGACCCGAAACUCAGUCCGAAGCGGAGACCGGAAGCUCUAGCAUCUUUUCGUCUUCAACUGCUUCCUUGAGCGAAAGCAUCUACGAGUACCGUCGCAUCCAAGGUCGAACGUAUACCCAGAAGGUUGACUACUGGGGACCAAAUGACGAGAGACAGAAUGAAGGUCUUGAGAUCAAUCAUUGGAUUAUGACCUUGUUCCUCGGGGACAGGCUCUUCCUGUCUCCAAUCGGUGACAAUCCGCAGAGGGUUCUUGACCUUGGUACUGGGACCGGGAUUUGGGCUAUCGAUUUCGCCGAUGAAUUCCCCUCCGCCGAGGUUUUCGGGGUUGACGUAUCGCCCAUCCAGCCUAAAUGGGUCCCUACCAACUGCAAGUUCCAGAUCGACGAUAUCGAGCAGCCGUGGACGUGGCCUGAUAACCAUUUUCACUUUAUUCACAUUCGCAACCUUGAAGGUUGCGUAUCUAACUGGACGGAUCUUUAUAAACAGGCCUUUGAAUGCAUGGCACCUGGUGGCUAUAUUGAGGUCAAAGAGCAUGAUAUUGAGCUCCGAUCGCAGAUCCAGGAGCUGGACGAUGAGCAUGCCUUUAAGUCCUUUUCCGGAAACCUUCUUGAAGCUUGUGGCCGGCUCGGGAAAGUGGGCCUUCAGUGUCGUGAUCAUGGCAUAGCUAAAAGCCUUAAAGCGGCAGGAUUUGUUGAUAUCGUCGAAAGGAAGUGGCCAAUUCCUGUUGGGGCCUGGGCCAAUGACCUCGUCUUGAAGCAAGUUGGCUCAGGUGCACUGGAAUUUCUUGAUAAAUCCGUCGAGGGGUUUGGAAUAUUCCUUUUGAAAGAAGUCAUGGGCUGGGAAAUGGCUGAGAUCUUGGUUUUAAGCAGCGAGUUCCGCAAGGCUCUUAAGAACUUCAGGACGCAACCGGUCUUCGACCUGUAG